AUGGAAAAUUCGCCCUCUUUCACCUCUCCCACUUCCACCACCUCAGCAGCCAAUAACAGCAGCAAUACCACAGGCACUAGCGCUGUUACAGCAGGCACCAACAGCUCCAUAGGACCGAAUACAACUGUUUUGGCAAGGGCUCUCUUUGAUAACAGUGCAGAGGUGGCACAGGAACUCACAUUUUCUAGAGGAGAUGUACUCAUAGUACUCAAGAGGGACCCUCCUGGAUUUGAGGGCUGGUGGAUUUGUAGCCUUGCUGGCAGAGUUGGGAUCGCGCCUGGAAAUCGACUGGAAAUUUUAGGAUCCGUCAAAAAAGACUCCCUUGAGGAGAAGCUUGUUCAACACUGUGAAAAGUAA